CAUCCAGAAAACACAGGUAAUCUCAGUCAUGACAUUCUCCCCUGAAAAAACCAUACAUUACAUUGCAUUACAUUAUUUCCACGUUGUUGAGCAUAUUUCCCAUCAAUAAUAUCCCACCCGCCCGCGUUCGGAGAAGCGAGUGGUAGCUGAGAGCGCUCCUCCACCCCUCUCUCUCUUCACCACCCACCCCUCAAAGAAGACAGAUUAACAGAGUUUCCACCCUUUGAAAGGAUAAAAACUCUCUCUCUCGCGGCAUUUUGCAGUGCCCCUUUCCCUCACCCUCCUGGACUAGAGAGAGAAACUGUCCAGACCCCCUCUCUCUCUCUCUAGAAGCAAGACAUGGCGAAGAGGCUGAGAUCCAUUCACAUUACAAUGGCAGUUGCCACCAUCGCCACAUUCCUCCUCCUCUUCAUACCCUCGUCAUCCGCACUCUCUCACUCUCACAUGUGUGAGGACACUCUCUAUCCCGACCUCUGCCUCUCCACUCUCUCCUCCUCCUUGAAAACCACUCCUCGCCAAUCGAUCGCCGCCACCCUCAACCUCACUGCCAAGUCCGCCACCGAAGCCAUCUCCUCUUGCUCAAACCUCUCCCACGAAAUCUCAUCCACCGAUCUACCCGAUCAACGCGCCCUUUCCGACUGCGAAGAGCUCCUCUCCACCUCCCUCGGCGACAUCUCUUCCUGCCUCGCCGAUCUCUCCAAUUCCUCGUCCCGAUCAUCAUCGAUCCACCUCCAAACCUUUUUAAGCGCCGCCAUUACCAACCAAUACACCUGCCUCGACGGCUUCUCAUACGCCAACCACACACUGCGCUCGCGUAUAGAAGCAAACAUAGUCAACAUUUCCCGCCACAUCAGCAACUCCCUCGCCAUGUUCAAAAAAGUCAGGGCGAGUGAAUUGCCGGAAAAUUCAGAUUCGGGCGAGGUGUUUGAGGAGUAUGGAAGGGUCGAUGGUGGUUUCCCGGCGUGGAUUCCGCCCAAAGAUCGGAGGCUUUUGCAGGCCAGUGCUAAUCAGACGAAUGCAGAUUUGGUGGUUGCCAAGGAUGGCAGCGGAGAUUUUACAACGAUAUCGGAAGCGAUAGCAAAAGUUCCAGAUAACGGGAAGACUAGGUUUGUCAUUUACAUAAAGACGGGGGAGUAUUUGGAGAAUGUGGACGUGGGGGAGAAGAAGACGAAUUUGAUGUUGAUUGGGGACGGGAUAGAGAAGACGGUGGUGAAGGCCAGCAGGAACGUUGUGGACGGGUGGACCACUUUUCGUUCUGCGACUUUUGCGGUUGUUGGAAGCAAUUUCAUCGCACGAGACAUGUCAUUUGAAAACUCGGCGGGUCCAUCCAAGCACCAGGCAGUCGCGCUAAGAAGCGGUGCUGACUUGUCAGCCUUUUACCGAUGCAGCUUUGUGGGCUACCAGGACACCCUCUAUGUCCACUCUCUCCGCCAGUUCUACCGAGAGUGUGAUGUCUAUGGCACUGUGGAUUUCAUCUUUGGCAAUGCAGCCGUUGUUCUCCAAGACUGCAACCUCUAUGCUCGGAGACCAAACCCUAACCAAAGGAACUUGUUCACUGCACAAGGCCGAGUGGAUCCCAAUCAGAACACAGGAAUAUCCAUACAAAAUUGCAAAGUUGCCGCCGCUGCUGACCUUAUCCCAGUGCAAUCCUCAUUUAAGAACUAUCUUGGAAGGCCUUGGAAACAGUAUUCUCGAACCAUCUUCAUGCAGUCAGAUAUAGGUGAUUUGAUCGAUCCCGCAGGGUGGUUUGAAUGGUCCGGUGAUUUUGCACUGAGCACUCUGUACUAUGGGGAGUACAUGAACCGGGGUCCCGGAGCCGACACUAGUAAUAGAGUGAAGUGGCCCGGGUAUAGAGUUAUCAAUAGCUCUUCUGAGGCUAGCCAGUUCACAGUUGCCUCUUUCAUCCAAGGGAAUGAGUGGCUUCCUGCGAGCAACGUUGCUUUCUAUGCAGGCUUGAAGUAAUAGUCAAUGUGUUAUGCUAGGGCCUUGAUUUAUAAGGGAUCCUUUGAAUAAGGGUUAUUCGUGGUGAUUGUACUUGAGAGUUUCCCACCCCAUUUCUUCCCUAAUUUUUUUGCCUCCUAUUUAUUCUUCAUUUGGUUUUGCAA